AUGCAAUCAAAACAAUGCAAACUGUCACUUAACCAGACUGGCAACCCUGGAAGCAGCAAUUUUUAUAGCAAACUGACAGUUCUGCAGUUUUGUUGUUUAUCUUUCGGUCGUUCCGCGGAUUUCGCCAAAGCGCGCCAAAAUAUGCCGGAAAACUGCCGAAUCUACCCCAGCGAGGAAGCCGACCCGUGUCAGCCCGCUACGCUGCCGGAUUGCCACUGGGCGCUGUGCCGCCAGUUCAUGGAGCGCUACCAGGAUCUACUGCCGCAGGAGCAAGUGUACGCUCUGUCGCACAUGUUUGCCACCACCCAGCUGCUGCUGCGCGGCGACGCGGACCAAACGAUGGAGCUGGUGCUGGACCUGGUGAAGGAUCAGCUUCCGGUGGAAGCACCGGAACUAGUGGAUAAUGUUGAGAAUUGCUUGUGGGAAAGGGAAGCCGAGCCGGAGUUUCCACAAACGAGUCCGGUUUUUGAAAUCGAGGCCAUGGACGUUUCUACUUCUGAUGUUGAGGUGGUCGUGGGAGAAACCGUCCCUGAAACGGAUUGUUCUAGUCCGGAAAUAAUCGUCGUCGACGCCGAAGUCCCCGUUUUGGACUGCACGAAUAAAUCCACCUCCUCAGAAGAGCCUGUGGCCAUUCCUACGCUUCCGAAUAAGACAGUUCCAGCAGACGAAUCAACAACCUUCCAGUACGUCUCCAGGAAUCUGGUUCUUUUCGACGACGACUUUAACAAAACGCAAACCUACUUCAACCGCCUCGGCGGUGACCAACUCGAGUUAACCGUGAAGCUGGACUCCAACCGCUGCGUCACAAAUGUAACGAUCCACGUGAAUACGCUCAUCUUGUCCCAGGUUUCGGCCAAGAGUCGUCCCACGGCGAUGGGGAAGGCGAUUGCUCAGUUCUUUCGCGUCACAAAAGAGCACUGCUUCAAAGUGACCACACUCUCGCCCAAAAACGCCCUCCCACGAACCACGAAUAUCGUUCAACGGGUGCCGUUUAACGGGCCGCCGCGAGUGACAUCUUCCGGAAAGCCGUUGCCAUCGCUGGGCAUUGAUCCGGCCCACUAUCAGAAGGUGAUGCGAGACUUCCAGGCCGGAGGCGAUAACGGGUGCCAUCUGGUUUUCAGCAAGGAUUUUACCAACCUGGAGUGCAACGCGCUGCAAGGCAUUGCAGAUCAUCUAAAGCUCAGGUGCCGGUCUUACGACCUGCCCAAGAAAAGAAAACAAUUCAUUCUACUGGCCAGGGAAUUGCCUCCUCAGGAAAUCGUUCGCCGGAUUGUGAUCGAGCAGGAUGCCGAGCUUAGCUUGCAGUACGGAGUUUGUCUGCCUCAACAAAUGAGCAGAGCCAGAAGGAUCGCACUUCAAGCGUUGAAAUCUUCAAAAAAUUCUGUAAAUCUACCUGCGUCAUCAUCUGCUAACCCACAGCAGCAUGCUCCCAACGCCAAGCAGUUGAAAAAGGUUGACACCGAGCCAGAAUCGUACGCCGAAGCUCUGGCCAGCCUAACCGUGUUCAAACCGGUCCGCACGCUCCGGUCCGUCGAUGACGUGUACCGAAACUUGGUGCUGAUUGGUUCGAACUUUCAUAAAACCGCCCAGGAAUUUGGGUGGCUCAACGUUGAGUCCCUGCGAGUAAGCACCAAAGUGCUCGACGAAGGCGGGUGUAGCGCAACGGUGCAAGCCGGGAAGUUGGCUCUGGUUGAGGCCCACGAACAAAGCAAAAGGGGAGCUACCAGGCGGGCCCAGGCUGCCUUUUUCAAGAGGGCCAAAAUGUUCUGCUAUCAGAUAAACAAAAUCGAAUCUCCGGAAGUGGAGAUCCGGGUCAUCAAGAAGGGGGAUUCCGCAACGAACAUUGGCUACUACAAGUGCCUUAUACAGGAUUUCUGGAAGGAUUCCUUCGAACAGGAGCUGGUGUUUAGCGCAGAGUUCACCGGAGCGGAUCGCCAAAAGUUCCACAGCUUUGCCCAAGAUCUUAACCUACAGUCGAGCAGCGACGACGAGGAGCUGCGAAUCUACGGCCGCCGACUUCCAGCGUUGGCCAUCGUGGAGCGCAUCGUCGUGGCGAAAGAUCCCAAGCUGAGCGCGCUGUUCGAGGUGACGGCGCCGAGGGUGGGAUCGCGCCAGACGGGGGAAGGUGAUUCGCCGUAAAGUUGGGAUUUAAUUUUUUACUAUUGUUGAAAUUUAAUUUAUUAAUUAUUACCUUAGGUACAGUCAUCCCACAUAUUCGGAACACCCACAAAUUCGGAACACUUUUAUGAUAAUUUAUCAAUAUCAUGCCAAAUGCAGCUUUUCUGUCGAUCUUACUAUUUUUAGAACCUUCAUUUGGACAUUAUCUUGCUAUUUCACUAGUAAAAGUAGUACUUUUUGAACAAAAAACUUCAUUCCAAGACUAUUUUGUCCAGAGCAGCAAAACACUGCCUCCUGCCUGUUUCAUAAUUGUGGGAUGUGAUUGUGCCUCCCACAAUUGUGGAACACCUGAAUUUAACUGAUAUUUUCACAAAAAAGUUAUCAAACCAUGUAUAAAACAUCACUAAGCUUGAGUUUCAUUGGUUUCAGUGUGUGAAGUCAUUAUUUGAUAAUAAAUAUAUACUCCUGGAGGGAUCCAAAGUUUGUUUACAUUCGUAAGAAAAAAGUGUUCCGAAUUUGUGGAUUUCAAGGGUCAAGUAAUUCUUCAAAAACUUCAUAUAAAAGUAAAAAUUUGCAGUUGUUCGAUACAGCAUUCAAAAGAUCGCAAGAAAAGCUUUCAAAUGAAGGUAAAAGCGAGUCAUUAAGUUCCAUUAUCGAUUUGCUAUGAUUUUUGAACAUUGGCCGAUCUGGAAACCGUUUCGAAUAUGUGGGAUGACUGUAAUUGUAAUUGUGAAAACAUUAUAGUUGUAAGACUUUAAAAUAUAAUGAGUUAAUGUUACUAAUCUUUUAUAUUUGAGAAAAAAAAAUGUUU